AUGAAAGCUCGCUCAAUCACAGCCUUCAUCUCUCUCCUAGCAUUUACGACAUCAGCAGAGGCAGUCUUCGACAAUGUCACCGUCUUUGCGCCGCCAUCCAGCUGGCCUUCCCACAGCACCUCGUACGGCCGCACCCUUCUACUAGACCACAACAAGCCAGACCCCGUUCUCCUAUCGACCUGGUCGUUUUCCCCGCCGGAUGGGACAUACCUCCCAAUAUACCGGUCAAAAGACGGCGGUCAAACAUGGUCUAAUUAUUCAAGAGUCCACUUCUCUAACAACGGAGGCUAUGUCGGUGGUUCUAUCUGGCAACCAUUUCUCUAUGAACUCCCACGGCAGGUAGGCGAGUACCCUCGCGGGACCAUCCUCGCCUCGGGCAACGCUAUCCCGCACGAUUUCUCAUCGACAAACAUCGAGGUCUAUGCCAGUCUGGACAGAGGGUUCUCCUGGGAGUUCGUCUCCGUCGUCGCGACUGGCGGUCCACCAAACACGACCAACGGCGCAACCCCGGUGUGGGAGCCCUUCAUAUCCAUGUACGAAGACAAGUUGACGGUCUACUACUCCGAUCAACGGGAUCCUCUCCACGGCCAGAAGCUGGCCCACCAGUCGACGCGAGACCUCAUCAACUGGGGCCCCGUCGUCAACGACGCAGCCUAUGCGAACUACACCCUGCGUCCCGGCAUGACGACGGUUGCGCGGAUCGGAAACGGGAAAUACCUCCUCUCGUACGAGCUGGCCAACGCCCCCGAAGUCCCGUAUGCAGUCCACUACCGUAUCGCCGACAACCCGCUCAAGUUCGACGAAGCGACGCCUUACCUUCUCAAGUCUAGAGAUGGGACGAUCCCGUCCGCAUGCCCGUACACCGUCUGGACGCCGGUUGGCGGGCCGCACGGUACCAUCGUCAUGAGUGACGGCACCUACUCGGAAGUCUUUAUCAACCGGGAUAACGGCAACCCCCGCAGCUGGAUCAAGGUGCCUACCGGUAAGGGCGUGGCGUAUUCUAGAGCGUUAACAGUCAUGCCGGACCCGAGUGUGAUAUUGUUCUUCAAUGGCGGUAUGUUUGGUGAAAACAAUACUACCGUUACGGCAGGAGAGUGGAUAGUCCCGAGGCGUUCAGAUCACUUUUAG